GCUUCUGGGUUUUUUUUCUCAGAUAAGGACCUUGAAGAAAUAAUGGUAGCUUCUGGGUUUUUCUCUCUUCUCUUCGCGGAAUCGUAAAGAAAUAGAAGCUUCAUCGUAGAAGCUUUUAGGUUUUUCUCUCCUCUUUUUUUUUCUUCUCUUUCUGUCUCUCGAGCGAUUUUCUCUCUUCCGUCGUCCCCGAUCUUUACCUCUGCACCACCACCACUGUCGCCGUCAGCCCUCCUUUGACCACGAUCGGAUGUGGCUCAAUGACAAGGAUAUCUGCCAAUUCCUAUCCAAGGAGUAUUUGGAAAACUCACGCCUACACAGAGAAUCUCAGAUUGGAGGUGUUGUGUGUCGUUGCUUAUGAAAUUAGGAUCCUUGCAGACAAUGUAAAAGGCACAAAAUGCAUUGGAGCAUUGUACAGACUUGCCAGCUCUUUAAGAUUUACUUUAAGGUUACCUACAUGUAUUAUACGGAUCAACUGGAAGUUUUCAACGAAAACUUCCCAUCUUCAAGGAAAAGUUAGUGUAAUUCAGUUGCUGCACUAUUCUGGUUUGUUUCCCAAAAUUAGUACAAAGAAGAGGGAUUUCUGAAGGUUAUCGACCGUUCACCCUCCAAGUUUGAAGAACGCUUCAGAUAUGAAAUUAGGUCUCAUUGAGUCUCUGCUUUUGGUGCCUCUUUCCUCUCCAUAAUUAUUGUUAAACUUCUUGAUGUUGCCAAGAUACACCCAAGCUCACAAUUAUCUUCCUUAUUUCACAAUGCCAACCAAUGAACUUCAUGGUCAACCAUAAUUUUACUUUACCUACUCGUAGAGCAUAUUUGCCUGCCAUACCAUAAAUUGUACCUUUUUAUGUUGAAUAUAUAUCUUAACAAUCUUUUAUUAUUUCAGUUCUGAAUCAAAGGCAAUACACACAUUCGGAAAACACCUG